CUCGCCGCGGCUCAGCGGCUCCGGGAUCCCGCUCGUAAUCCGCGGUAACAUUUCUCCACAACAUUGGCCUUUCAUCUGCAAUCCUUUUUAAGCAUUCCUUUAACACUGCCGCUUUAUUCCAUUGGAAAUUUAUGUGUCUCAGCAGCACCUGGGAACCGAUAAAUACAUUUUAAUGUUUGUUUUGACGGGCUAACUCUACGAAAGAAGUAAUGAUGAUCCAAGUUGAAGGCUUCAAUCGACCGUCUCCUUCACCGUCACGGUGUUCGGUCCGCAGUGACAGCAGGGUGCUCCGCCAGCCGCGAGUAAUCCAGGUCAACCGGGAUGCCGCUACAAUGAUGGACGAGGCGAACUGGCUCGGAAACGGUGACGUCACCGAACCAAUCAUGAUAUCAGAUUUCGAGAACCCUCACGUUCCCCACACAUCGCAACUCCGUUCACGUACGCUCAGCGACGGUUUCAUCCGACAUACCAGCCUAGAGCUAUUACUGGGCGUGGACUGUGAGGCGUGCCUGUCACUCGCAGCCCAGAGAGAAUGCUACAACAAGCACAUAUCAGAUCACAAUUUCGAUUUAGUUUGUAACUGUAACAUUCAACAUAAUAACUACGUGAACUGUGACCGAGAUUAUGUGAAACAGAGAGGCCACACUCUCAGUACAUACGAUGUGGAGAGAUUCAAACGAGACAACGGAACAAAUAAUUUGGCAAAUGGACAUCAUCGCAGCCUUGAUCGUAAACGCGCGAAAAGUAAAAAUGUCUACAAUUAUAAUAAAUCAAAACAAUUUAUAUCGUAUGAUCCAACGAACACGUUGGUACAGAAAAUAAAAAAGAAACUAUCAAACCUUAAGAGAAUUGGCGGAGACGCCAUGUCAAAGAAGCCACAAAAUGGCGUGCAGUUAGCAGAGAUAGCAUCGGGCUCGAGUUCUCUGAGGAAACUGUCUGUGUUAUCACUCGCAGAUAAAUCGCAGAGGAGGGCGAAUAGUCAAACUUGCAUUUUUUCCUCGACUAAUCUACAAUCGAAAGUCGAUUUGAAAGAAAACAUUAACACUUACGAAAACUUUUCUUCGAACGUAGAUCACUGUUUUGAUCGUCUCAGAGAUUGCAACUCCGACAUCGUAUGUAAAUCUCAACGAAAUUUGAAGAAUAGGAGUUUCGAUGUUCAUGACAAUUUCACAAGAAAUACACCAGUAACAAAAUUUUCAACUUUAGAUAACAGAAGUAGGUGCAAGAGUAUUAAAAGACAGAUGUCGUAUAAUGAUUUUCAUAUGGAGCGUUAUGGUGAUAGAGUUAUAUCAGAAUCUUGGUCUCCUGAUGAUACAGUACAUUCGACUAGUACUUACCACAAUACCGUCGCAGAAGCUAUGCACAGCUACGACGUUGACGAGAGACACCACACUGGCGAACUUCGUAAUGAUCAGGCGCAGUGCACUUGUGACCAUCGCCCUCCUAAUAAGAUAGCCUCCCAUUUUUACGACACACGUGGUAAAAAGCGUCAAACCCCAGCUCCGGAUGUGACCGACCGGGUGCGGGAGAGGAUCGCUUGCAGCGCCUGUAAGUCAGCACCAGCACCUUGGCUGCCAACUGCGACCACAUCCACGACCAGCCACAGCUCCACAGCUACCGGAAGCUCUUCGCGUUUAUCGGGCUGGCAACGUAGAUGGUGCUGUGUGGCUGUAUUGGUUCUGGUUGCUGGUACAGCAUGCGUGGCUGGACCCUUAGCGUUGAGGGCACCUCCUGGCGCGCCCUUACAUGAACGUCUUCGUCUUGCAGAACGUCUUCUGCAUGACUCACCGCUAAUAGAUGGGCACAAUGAUCUUCCGUGGAAUAUCAGGAAGUUCUUACACAACAAAAUUAAGGACUUCAGAUUCGAUGAAGAUUUGCGAACCAUAUCACCUUGGGCCACCAGUUCAUGGAGUCACACCGAUCUCCCCCGCUUGAAGCAAGGUCGUGUUUCAGCCCAAUUCUGGGCGGCAUACGUGCCGUGUGACGCCCAACACAAGGACGCCGUGCCGCUGACCUUCGAGCAGAUCGACCUGAUCCAGCGCCUCACAGACAAGUACCACCCGGAACUGACCUUCUGCACCUCGGCCCACGACAUAGUAACGGCGCAUGUCAACCACCGACUGUGUUCUCUGGUGGGUGUCGAGGGAGGUCACGCUAUCGGGGGUUCCCUAGCUGUUCUGAGGACUCUGUAUCAAGUGGGGGUUCGCUACCUCACCUUGACGUCCUCUUGUGACACUCCAUGGGCCGAAUGCGCUUCCACGGAUCGACCCGAGCCCUCUCUCAGAGGGGGACUCUCACCUUUUGGUAAAGUAGUCAUAAAGGAAAUGAACAGACUGGGCAUGCUGGUAGAUCUCUCCCACGUGUCCGAGCGCACCAUGAUGGACACCCUAUCCGUCUCCCGGGCGCCGGUCCUCUUCUCCCACUCGUCGGCAAGAUCUCUUUGUAACGUCACUCGCAACGUGCCGGACAAUGUUCUCCGCUUGCUCGCGGCCAACAAAGGCCUCAUCAUGGUCAACUUCUACACGUCCUUCUUGACCUGUGGAACUACUGCGACUAUUCAGGAUGCUAUUGCACAUAUAAAUCACAUCCGCGAUGUUGCGGGCGUGGAUUACGUGGGAUUGGGCGCUGGAUAUGACGGGAUUAACUAUACACCACAAGGUUUGGAAGACGUAUCUUCGUAUCCACUUCUAUUUGCCGAGCUGAUGGAGACAGGAUGGACCAUGGAAGAGUUGAAGAAACUCGCUGGACUUAACUUUAUUCGUGUUUUAAGUGCCGCUGAAGGCGUGGCUAAAGAAAUGGCUUCAGCUCAUAUUACUCCAUAUGAAGAGAUAGCGCCCCGUACCUUAGAAUCUCUUAACUGUUCUAGUCAAGAUAUAUGAAUAGCAAUGUAUAAAACAUUACUUCGAGUUAGAAAUUAAUUAUAAACGCAAAGACUUCAAGAGACGGUAUACUCAGAAUUGAUUAUUAGUACCGUCUCAGUUCUGACUGAAAAUGUUUUAAACGAAAUUUUCAAUUAAGUAUAAUAAUAUGUACCUUUUUGAAGUUAGAUUUAAAUCCCAAGCUUUAAUAUGAACCUAAGUUAGAUACCCUAGGAACAUUUUAAAAAUUCUAAACCCAAUUUUGAAUAGCAAUAGAUAAUAUUAUAGAGUAAUUCGAUGUUUUUAUAUUUCAGCAUUAUUAUAGAGAAAUAGAUGUAUUGUAAUGUAGACUUAUGCAGAUAUUGUUAUAAAUUAUACGACAUUAUUACUUCUACAAAUUAUGAAUUCGAUUGUAUCUAAAGAGGUAACUGUACACUUUUAUUUGGUUGUAUAAUGUUUAUAUGGUUGUUGAUAACUUUUGUUUUAUAUAAAAAAAAAUAUUUUUAUUUAAUGAAACCUUUAAUGUCACUUGCCUCGCAUGGCAUAUUUUAAAAUCACCCGCUGAGCUAAUAUUGCUCAGGCACCUUCUAGAAAAGAGCUUACAUUCUUCUUAGAAUUAUUCAUUCUGCGAUGUUAUCCCAAUAAUCUCACUGAGCUGAUAAAAACUUAAACGUCCUAGACUGCUUACCUAGGUACCACUGAAAAUGUUUAGAAAAUGAAAAACGGCUUAAUGUAGAAAGUUGAGAAUACUUUUAUUGUUUUUCGAAUUGAUCUCCAUUCCUCUCUACACAUCGUCGCAUUCGAUGGAACCACUGAGAAAAGCAGCCCAUUCAUCCUUAGGGGUCUCUUCUAUGGCAUUUUUGUACGCUUUCACCGCAUCUUCAGGGCUCGUAGAGCGAAUACCUCAAAUUUUAUCUUUAGUUCUUGGGUAUAAAUAAAAGUCGCAGGGCGCCAGGUCAGGACUGCAUGGCGGAUGACUCAUUAUCUCGACACCUGCCAUAGUCAAAUAUUCAACAGACCGUUUUGCGGAGUACGCUGAGGCAUUGCCGUGGUGAAGGAGGAUCCUGCUUCGAGGGCGCUGCUGUCGAAUUUUUUCCAAGACAACAGGCAAACAGCGAUUGACAUACCAGUCCGCAGUAACUGUCAUUCCAUCUUCUAGCGCAACUGUCGCGAAAUGACCUUUCCGACCAAUCUUUUUUCCUUUACUACUUCCUCUCUUUACCUUAGUUGGCCGAUGCUCGAAAGGUAACACCCACUGAGCUGAUUGUCUUUUGCUUUCGGGUUCGUAGCAAUAUAUCCAGCUUUAAUCACCUGUGACGAUGUCAGAUACAGCAUUUGAGUCACCACCGUUGAACCUAUCUAACAUUUGGCGACACCAGACCAUGCAAAGGUGUUUCUGGUCGUCGGUUAAAGUAUGGGGAAUCCAUCUGGUACAAAGCUUCCUGACGCCUAAAUCUUCGUGUAAUAUUUUUUGAACUUGACUCAUACCAAUGCCUAGGCUUGCCCGUAUCUGCUGAUAGGUCACUCUCUUAUCUUCCUCUAUCAUGCGUCGCACAGCACUGAUGUUAUCUUCAGUAGUCGCUGUUAAAGCACGUCCCUCACGCGGAUCUACAUUGAGAUUGCUACGUCCACGCUUAAACUCGUUAAAUCAAUUAUUGUAAAUAGUGGCACGAGAUGGCACUUCAUUAAGAAAUGCUAUCCGCAGCCUAUCAUAGCUUUGUUGUUGAAUAAGCCCACAAAGAAAGUCAUAAUAAAUCAUUGACCCAAAAUUUUCUCGCGUUAGGUUCAUUUUCACGUGUAACAAGAUUUUUAGAUUUGCCGCCAAUCCACGAAAAACAAAUGACAAAAGAAUGCAAUAUACUACAUUAGGGUUCGUUUAGUUCAUACACAAGAGUUCUAAAAUUGAAAUUCAAAAAGUUUUCAUUAGCAAUGUUUCUAACUGGCCAGUUCUAAACAUUUUCAGUAUUACCCACGUACAAAGGAUCAAUCCACUUCAUUAGAGAUAGAGUACAAAAAGCAUAACUCACAUGUUGAGACGGAGACCGGUCGCCAUCUUAGGACCGUAGUUCGUGAUCAAGUCUGUGACUGUUAAAAACAUAAUAAUAUAAAAUAGACACAAUAUAAUAGAUCACGCACUGGUACGCCCUAACAAAAAGUUCUGCGGCUACGGCGUUCAAAAAAUAAAUAAUGACUUCAUAUUAAUUUACCAGACUUCUUUUUAUAGAAGUGGAGGACAAACGAGUGUACGGGUCUCCAUAUGUUAAGUGAUCACCGCCAACCACAUUCCCCUGUAAUAUCAGAAGACUCAUAGGAGCGUUCAGUGCUUCGUGCCUUUUUUUGAAUUACACAACACGUCGGAACGUAUCUUUUUCGUGACGUUAUCUUUUCAAGUUUUGGUUGUACGUAGAAGAAAGUUCUUUGAAAACUGCACCGGCUUUCCAGACAAUUGUAUUCGUUAGUAGUUUCGCAAAACUACGCACGUCAAAUUGCCACAUAUUUCACAGUUUUCGUUAGUAGUUUGGAUUGGACAUAAAUUUGUAAUAAAAAAAUUAAGGCAAGCAAACUUACAUGGUGCUUUUAAUGAAGAAUGCUUAAUUAUUAAAAACUCUUAUUUUUUGGCUUCCCAGCUGUUGACACUCACUUGGAUAGAAUCAGCAAUACCUUGCAAAAUUUUGACCUGAUCCGUUAUAUGUUUAAAAUUUUAUAAAUAAAUAUUUUUAAUAUUUGUACCUACAUGUAGCCACAUAUAUAGACUUGAUAAAAACUAAAUAAAUUAUUGUUUGUCCUGCUACAGUUCUUUUGUAUAUUUUUAAUCAUAAGAAACUGCAAUCAAACUUUUGAAGUUUUCUGUAUGUUCCGUAUUAUUAUU